AUGGAAGAUCAAUUGGAGUAUGAUAUUCUACAGCAAAUUAAACCUGAUGAACUAUUACAAUUGCGAGAUUUAUAUAAAAUAAAUUGGCCAACAUACAGUCCGAUUUAUAACCACAUUGAUAUGGCUCAUACUUGGAUAACAAAGAACAAUGAAGAAAUCAAGUUCUAUAGUGUAAACGGAUAUUUUGAUGAUGGAACUGUGAUUUUCAUUUCAAAUUUGGAAUGUGAUAAAAUUAAAUUAACGUACUAUACUUUAGAAAAAUCAAAUUCACGUUUGUAUGAUGGGCUAAUGAAAACAAAACGUAUCGAUUGGAAUAAGCAAAUUUGUUUGGAUACGAUUUAUAGAGAUCAAUUACCAUUAUCAUUUGAAAUUGCAAAAGCACAACAUCAGCAGUUUUAUUCUUUAGCUAUAGGAUCCUGUUGGUGGCUACCCAAAGAAAAGGCUGCACAGUUUGAAAUUAAAAUUCCAAAUCAUACAUUUGUUGGCCCUUUAUCGCUUGAACAUGCCGAGAAAAUUUAUAGAUCUUGGACUUAUAAUGGUCAUCGUUCUGUCGAAUAUGUUGCAAGCCUAAUAAAAAAUAAUAACUGUUUUGGAAUUUUUCAUGAAAAUGAUAGAACAUUAAUGGCUUGGGUCUUACUGAGAGAGUUUGGAGUUCUUGGAAUACUACAAACUGAUGAAAAAUAUAAGCGGAGAGGAUAUGCAACGGUCGUUACAAAGGCAUUAUGCAAAAAAAUUGCUGAAAAUAACGCAGACAGUAUAUGUUAUAUUAAUGUAGAAAAUACAGCCUCUAAAAAACUAUUUGAAAGUUUGGGUUUCAAAGCUAUUGAUUACUAUGCUUGGAUGAAAAUGAAACCGAAUGUCGAUACAUGUGGGUAA